AUGUUUGUCUACAUCCAAUUAUCUUAUCGCUCUAUUAUGACACUCUAUAUAUAUCCCUUAAACCUUUUCCAAAAAUUCCUCGUUGGCGUAGUGGUAGUCGCUGACCUUGACGGUGAACUCAUCAGUUUCCUUGUCGUACUUGACAAUCUCGAAAGAAGACAAGUCGUCAACAACAAUGUCGGCACCAGCUUCUCUGACCUUCUCCGGGUUGUAGGUCGAGCAGAUACCAACAAUCAUGGCACCAGCACCUUUACCAGCAGCAAUACCAGCUGGGGCAUCUUCGAAAACCACAACCUUCUUCAAAGCGUCUUCGUAGCCCAAGUCGUUUCUGGCAGUCUGGUAGCCCAUUGGGUGGGGCUUACCCUUGGUGACUUUCUCGGCAGUGAUGAAAGUGUCUGGCUUUUCAAUUGUCAACAACUUCAACCACUUGGUGGCCAAAGGCAAAGUGCCAGAUGUGACAAUAGCCCAUCUUUGCUUCUUGUUGUCAGUUUGUUCCUUGGAAAACUUGUCGAAUUGCUUCACCAACUCAACGGCACCAGGGAUAGGCUUGGCCUUAUCGCCAAAAGUGUCUGGAAUGGAAGCCUCCCAAGCAGUAACUUGCUCUUCAAUGGCGUCUUCAGGCGACCACUUGGCAAUGACAUCAAAGGUACGGCAGCCGUGAGAUGUUCUGAUGAUUUCCUCUGGGUUCACGUGAGGUCUGGUUUUACCAAAGUGUCUCCAAAACUCGGAAAUGGCUCCGGUGGAGUUGACCAAAGUACCGUCGCAGUCGAAAAGAGCAGCGUGAACGUUGAAAACAGCAGGUUGUUUAGUGACAGUCAUGGAUGA